AUGGCGGCGGCUCUGACCGAGGAGGAGGACACUCUCCUCCGGGGCCUGUCGCUGCUCGUCAGUCUGGGCACAGUUCUGCUGCAGAAAGCCAAAGAAGAAGCAGCAGAGUCUAUGGAGGGAUUUCUGCCUUACAAAAUCACCACCAUGUUUGGCCUGAUCACCGGAGGAACUACACUUUUCAGAGACCUCGGUGUGACUAAGAAAAGCGAAGCUGAGGAACUCUGGAAAAAGUCUUACCAUCUGGAGGCAGUGAGGGAACAAGUGGAUGCUCUGCUGCAGCUGGAGAUCGAAUGGGACGCGUUCUUGGAGCAUGUGGACCAAAGCCUGCUGGCUUCAAACGGUCAGGAGUCACCGGUGAUGAGCGUGGAGAGCCUGAGCGCGGAUACAGCUCUCAUUGACGCUCGCUCCUCAAAAAGCGUGACCCUGGGUGAGUUUCUGGUUCCGGGACAGAAGCAGCUGCUGGUCCUGAUCCGACACGCCGAGCAGGCUCUCCUUGAGGCGCGGUCAGUGCGGGUCCUGGUCGUCUCCUUCAGUGUUCUGGAAGGAGCCCAGAUCUGGUUGGAGCAGACCGGGUGCACAUUGCCCAUGUUGCUCGAUCAACAGAGAAGUAUCUACAGAAGCUUCGGUCUGGUUUCGUCCUACUCUAAGGUGAUGAGGUUCGGCUGCCUACUUUCCUACUCGGAGUUCGGGGCUGUGGACAGAGACUUCCCAGAAAUACCUCCUCGACUUCUGGAGGAUCUCUAUCAGAUGGGAGGAGACUUUCUGAUCGACGAGACCGGGAAGGUGAUUCUGAGUCACGCCUCCAAAACGCCGCUGGACCGUCCUUCUGUAGAGGACAUAUUGAAGGCCGCAGACUAA